AUGUUAAUAAGGGGAACGGACCAAACCCCGUACGGACAAUUACUACUAAGAAACUUGAGAAACAAAAUUAUUGGAAAAGCGGACGAGACUCUGAAUAUCUUAGACACCAAGCUAGAAUGGGACAGUAUCAGGGAAAAUCUGAAGCGUAUGUAUGCCUGCAAAAAGACAGAACCAAUACUCAUCGCCGAAAUUCAGAACCUUCCCGCUAACCCUGACCACGGUGUAAGUGCAGCAUCAAAAAGAGCUCUUUAUGAAGGAAUUUGCCUUAACGCCUUCCUCGUCGGGCUACGGGACCCACUCAGAACGGUCAUCCGAGCCCGGAAUCCGACAACGAUCGAGGCGGCUUACGAGUGGUGCCAAGCUGAGCAGAACUUCAUUUAUCAAAAACAAAACAAACUACAAAAUAAAAGAUUCAACUCAUAUCGCAAUAGACCCUAUCAGAGGGGUUCGUACCAGAACAACUCUGUUGGUGGAAAUAACUACUCUUCCAAUAAUUACGGGCAAGAUUAUCGUGGAAAUUCCUAUUCCUCGGGAAACCCGUUCCGCCAAGGCCCCAACCAAAGCCAGUAUCGUUUCAAUAACAACAGGCAGAAUAACAACAAUAGAGUGGGAGGAAAUAAUACUGAUCAAAAUCGUAGCAGUACCUCACGAAGGCCUGCUCCCAAUUUUAACAACAUUGACGACAGCUCAAAUUUUCAACACGAAGCCUCGACCGACAAGCAAAGUGAUAUUGGCUUACGGCGCUACCAAACAAAGGAUCUAUUUUUAAAUCUGCUUAUACCCACACUCACUGUUAUUUUCACAGUGGUUCAGCUUCAUUAUUUUCACAGAAGAUUUAUGGAGUCCGUACGUCGUCCAAAGUCUACUGAGUUAAGGAAAUUUGUUUCUCAUUUGGCAUUAAGAGCGAAAAUUCAGCCAAAAGUAUUGGAUAUACAUAAGCAGUCCUGGAAAAUAUUUUUUUGUGCUGGCUAUGAAAAAUUACGAGCAAGGAAUCGUAUAUUAUUUAGGCCAGGGAAACUCUUCACAUGGGGAUUUUUGGAAAUUCAUACGAUGAAAGCAGUUAUACUAGCUUGUUUUUAUUGUGCUUCUUCCGAAGUCUGUUUUUUUAAUAUAUUUUUGGUUAUUUUUUCCCUGUUAACGGUUUGUGUAAAUCGAAUUCUCAGGCGGGUUAUUUUUAGGGCAGUUACAUUUUGGAUUUCGGUUUUAGUGCUUAUGAAAAUGAUAUAUCAACUAAAGUACCUGGAUCAAACCCACUUUAAUUACAAAUGCAAAAACAAUACUGUUAAUUUUGCGGAAUGGAUGGGGUUGCGAAAAACUGGAAAAAUAUUCGGUGUUCACUUGCGGUAUAUAUCACCGAAUAUUGUUUAUAUGAUUGUAACUUCACUGCUUGCAGUGGUUAAGCUUCGAGACCAUUUAAUACGAUACGCAAUGUAUAAAAGUAAGGAUAGUAAAGUGAUAUUUCCAAAAAUUUCAAGACUGGAUGCGGAGCGUGAUUUUCCUGGACUACUAAAAUAUUUGCUUAAUUAUGGCUAUUUUAAAUUUGGAAUAGAAAUCACUCUUAUUGGACUUGUGUCAACAAUAGCUCAUCGACGCGAUUUUCUUGCGUUAACCUACGUAACAUGGCUAAUUUUAUUGCUGUGCCUUAAUCGAACACAAUGUGCACGAAUUUGGGAAGUCUUUCAACUAUAUUUUGUUUUAUCCAUUUUUGUGCAAUAUAUCUAUCUAUUAAAUUUUCCUCCCAACCUUUGCGAUGCAUCAUCAAAAGAGUCUUCGUAUAAGUCUAUCUGGAGUAUGUUGGAUGAUUCAAAAAAAUAUACAUACAGGUCAAAUCUUAUGCUGGAGUAUAUUAUUCUUUUGCUUAUUUCACGGCAGCAAAAAUCCUUUAGGGCAGAAUUGUCGCAUAUAAAUGAUUUAUCUUACCGUGGUGGCAAUAAUAAUUACGUUGUUCAUAACAUAGCAAAGCUUGGACACGUGUUCUUUGAGAACCCAACUCAUGAUUUCUGCUCUUAUGUACGUAACUACGCGGAUGUUUUUAAAACUGUUAUAUUUUGCAGUUUUUUUUGGAUAACUCUUGCUAUAGUAUUUAUGGGUGGCGUUUGCAGCUUGGAUAUUCUGUCUUUGGGAUACAUAAUAUUUGCGUUAGUCUUUUUACUACAGGGCUCUGAAGUAUACUUGCAAAAUAUUCACUACAUCAUCUGUCGUUGGAACUGCUUAAUUGCCUUUAAUGUUUUUAAUUUAAUUAUCAAAGUUUUUAUAAUUGUUCUUGAAGACUCACAAAUUAUUAAUAAGGAACCGAUAUUAGUUGCAGUUUUUAAUGUCCUACAUCAAAAUGUAUCAUUUGAAAAAGUAUAUGCCACAAAAGGAUCUGAAAUAAAUGAAAUUAAUACAUUAAAAAAAAAAGACAAAUUUUACUAUGGACCAAAAAAUAUGAUUUUUAAAAAUACUUUAGUGUGGCAUGCGAUUAUUUUUUCUUUUGUUGUUCUUCAACUUAGAAUUUUUCGUUCAUAUUACUUUUGUCACGUUAUAAUGGAUACGCAAGCAAAUACUAUUCUUGCUUCUAGGUAA